AUGUCAGGCGUCUGUGGUCCAAACUCAAUCUGCAACAACACUAUUGGGAGUUACAAUUGCUCAUGCAUGAGUGGAUAUAAUGUAACUGAUCUAAACCUCCCUAUAAACAGCAAUAACACAUGCACAGAUAUAGAUGAAUGUCUGUUCAGUCCAUCAAUCUGUGGUCCAUACUCCAACUGCACAAAUGACAUAGGAAGUUACAAUUGCUCAUGUUUGUCUGGAUUCACUACAUCAAAUUCAAAUCUCACCAUCAGCAACAACAAUACUUGUGAAGAUAUCGAUGAAUGUCUGUUCAGUCCAUCCAUCUGUGGUCCAUAUUCCAACUGCACCAAUGAAAUAGGAAGCUACAACUGCUCAUGCUUGGAUGGAUUUACUACAACAAAUUCAAGUCUUGGCAUCAGCAUCGAUAACACAUGUAGAGAUGUGGAUGAAUGUGUUGAGAUGUCAGACGUCUGUGGUCCAAACUCAAUCUGCAACAACACUAUUGGGAGUUACAAUUGCUCAUGCAUGAGUGGAUAUAAUGUAACUGAUGCAAGCCUUCCUAUCAACAGCAGUAACCCAUGCAGAGAUAUUUAUGAAUGUCUUGACUCAGAAUCAGUUUGUGGUCCAAACUCUUACUGUUACAAUUACAAUGGAAGCUUCUCAUGCGUUUGUUGGAAAGGAUACAACGUCACAGAUGGGAAUAAAGAUAUUAGCAAAAGUAACCAAUGCAUUGAUACUGAUGAAUGUCUGUUCAAUUCAUCUGUCUGUGGUCCAUAUUCCAACUGCACAAAUGUGAUAGGAAGCUACAAUUGCUCAUGUUUGGAUGGAUUCACUGCAACAAACCUCAGUCUCACUAUCAACAUCAAUAACACAUGCAGAGAUGUGGAUGAAUGUGUAGAGAUGUCAGACAUCUGCGGUCCAAACUCAAUCUGCAACAACACUAUUGGGAGUUACAAUUGCUCUUGCCUCAGCGGAUAUAAUGCAACUGAUCCUAUAAGCAGCAGUAACCCAUGCAGAGAUAUUUAUGAAUGUCUUGACUCAGAAUCAGUUUGUGGUCCAAACUCUUACUGUUACAAUUACAAUGGAAGCUUCUCAUGCUUUUGUUGGGAAGGAUACAAUGUCACAGAUGGGAAGAAAGCUGUUACUAAAAACAACCCAUGCAUUGAUAUAAACGAAUGUCUAUUAAGUCCAUCUGUCUGUGGUCCAAAUUCCAACUGCACAAAUGACAUAGGAAGUUACAAUUGCUCAUGUUUGUCUGGAUUCACUGCAACAAUCUCAAAUCUCACCAUCAGCAUCAACAACACUUGCAGAGAUGUGAAUGAAUGUGUUGAGAUGUCAGAUGUCUGUGGUCCAAACUCAGUCUGCAACAACACUAUUGGGAGUUUCAAUUGCUCAUGCAUGAGUGGAUAUAAUGUAACUGAUCCAAACCUCCCUAUAAACAGCAAUAACACAUGCACAGAUGUGGAUGAAUGUGUUGAGAUGUCAAAUGUUUGUGGACCAAACUCAAUCUGCAACAACACUAUUGGCAGUUACAAUUGCUCAUGCAUGAGUGGAUAUAAUGUAACUGAUCCAAACCUCCCUAUAAACAGCAAUAACACAUGCACAGUGUUUUGGCCAAACUCUUAG